CCGAUCACACGUAGCUCCAGUUCGACUUUAACGCAAACACAAAAAUACGCAUAAUUAUUUCCUGUGUGAACGUCAAUGAAACUUGAUUCUCUUCAGCUGCUUUUAUGCGGCUAUCGGGUGAUGCAUUUUGUUCUCAAUUUUCUUUCCUUUUAUGAUGCAAUCUGCGGUUAUAAUCAUAGGAUUAGUGUCAAAUGUUUUAAAGUAAGAAAUGAGUGGCGAUGCCGGCCACCAACUACCACUUUACCCUGAUCCAAAUCUAAUUGUUUACCCGGAGAGAAUCCCAUACAAAGGUUGCAUACCUAAUGGACUCCAUCCUGGCAAACUCAUUGAAAUCAAAGGAUCUGUUCCCUAUGGAACUGAUUUGUUUGAAAUAAAUCUUCUGACGGGGCUGGAUGCCUAUUCUGAUAGACCGCUACAUGUGAGCGUCAGAUUUAAUGGCCGAUUUGUGGCACGCAACACGCUUAUGCAGGGCGUGUGGGGCAGUGAGGAGAGAGGUGGUAUAUUUCCCUUCAAUUCUGGUCAGGAAUUCCAAAUCAUGAUUUUAGUUGAAUCUAACUGCUAUAGGAUUGCUGUGAACAACCAACACUGUUUUGAAUUUAACCACAGAAUCCCGAUUUCUAGAGUUACUACCCUUCAUAUUGAUGGCUCUGUGGCAAUUGAAAGAAUAGAAUUUAUUGAUAAGCAACUUCCGGGUUUUCCGUCUACAACCUGCAUUCCCCCAUAUCCUGGGGGUAGCUUCAUACCACCACAGCCUGCAGUAUGCCCACAGCCCGGCUACAUACCACCUGCAGUAUGCCCACAGCCUGGUUACAUACCACCACAGCCUUCAGUAUGUCCACAACCUGCUUACAUUCCACCUCCUGCAAACGAGACAUCUAACUUAGCUCCUGUUUAUAACCCUAGUAUUCCUUAUGCUUAUCCAAUUUAUGGUGGCCUUAAGCCUGGUAUGAUGAUUUACAUCAGUGGUCGACCUUCUGCAAGUUCUAAUAGGUUCACAAUAAACUUCCAGUCUGGCACAUCUCCUUACCCUCCCCCUGAUAUUGCUUUCCAUUUGGAUGCUCGCUUCUUCACUCGGUCAGUUGUAAGAAAUUCACGUACCAACAAUGUCUGGGAAAGAGAAGAGUGCCUUGCCUCUCACUUCCCCUUCCAGCAAGCUGUUAACUUUGACAUGAUGAUACGUGUGGAGCAGGACAGGUUUAUGGUUGCACUCAAUGGUCAACACUUCAUAGAGUUCAGGCAUCGAUUGUUCCCUCUCUCACGCUUUGAUACUCUCUACAUCGAGAAUGACAUUGUUGUCUCUUCUAUUAGAUUUGCAUAAAUCUAUUUUGUUAGUGAAUUUGUUAUAAAUGAAAAUAAAGUUUGAUUAUUUUUGGCCA